AUGAUGUUUCUGAGUGGAAGCAAAGUUUCUGUGCUCGAGAGGCAGAUAUUUGACUUCCUUGGUUAUCAGUGGGCACCCAUCCUGGCAAAUUUUAUACACAUUAUUAUAGUCAUACUUGGCUUAUUUGGAACUAUCCAGUACAGACCUCGUUACAUAACAGGAUAUGCUGUCUGGCUGGUCCUUUGGGUUACAUGGAAUGUGUUUGUUAUCUGCUUCUAUUUGGAGGCUGGGGACCUUUCAAAGGAAACAGAUCUCAUUCUGACCUUUAAUAUCUCAAUGCAUCGCUCUUGGUGGAUGGAGAAUGGGCCGGGCUGCACCGUGACCUCAGUAACCCCAGCCCCAGACUGGGCACCAGAGGAUCAUCGUUACAUCACUGUCUCGGGGUGUUUUCUUGAAUAUCAGUACAUAGAAGUGGCUCACAGUUCUCUUCAGAUCUUCCUUGCACUGGCGGGCUUCAUCUAUGCCUGUUAUGUUGUGAAAUGUAUUACUGAAGAAGAGGACAGCUGUAAGUACUAA